AUGCCUCGACAUCGGUAUAGACGAUCCCGUCCACCCCCAAAAGUGAAGAAAGAAGAGCGCAACGUAGUUAGCCCCGUAUCCACAGCUAUCACGAAGCCCAAGGUACCACAUGCGGCAACAUCAAUGCACCGUUUCUCUCAACUGCCAGCGGAGCUUCGUGUAAUAGUCUGGGAGAAUGCUCUAGAACCGGUGGGGCGACAGGUGGUGACGCUAAGCCGCAACAUAGGUGAUACCAAAAUCACUGUCACUCCGCCGCCCAUUGGCAUAUUCUCCGCACAGUCGGAAGCUCGAGCCCAUGCUCGAGCGGAAAUGUACCGCCGCGGCUAUGUGCUGUACCUUAUGACAUCCACGUCUUUUUCUCGACCGGUAACGGAGAUCUAUUUUAACUUCGAUCGUGACAUCCUCCAUGUUCACUCCGAUCUUUCCGGAACUCCGCCAUCUCCGGGUCAGCACAGAGACAGCAUGUAUCGCAAGCUGGCCACUAUUGCCGCGCUCCUAGAUCCUCAUCAAAUCGGCCAAGUUCAUUAUCUAGCCGUCUCUUGCUUGCCUGACGCUAAUAAGAUGAGCCUUCAGGAGGAAACCUCCGCUACCAUCGAGCUCCACAAGUUCAAGAAACUCCACUCAUUCCGGUUAGUUGUAAACUAUGUACCAGAGGACCUUGGCAAGAAAUAUAAGACUAGGGAAGAAAUUGGCAAGAUGAUGAAGAGUCUGUGGGAAGAUAUUGCGGGCCACAUCGCACGGCAUGAUAGGACUUGGAACAAACCGUACAUUCAGAUAUGCCUCCAAGAACUUACGUGCGAAGACAGCAGAAGUGAGACUGAGAUGGAGGAGGAUGAAAUCUUUUUGGAAGGGGACGAUGGUCUGAGUCUAGAGCUUAAUACGACCCUUGCGGAUCUAGACGACGACGUUGAGGAGAUGCUCGCAGGCUUCUACAACUCGUCUCAGAUGCACUACGAUUGA